AUGGACGACCUAUCUUUAGUGAAUUACGAGCACCAGUUCAACAGAACAUAUGAUGCAAGGCUUGCGGAACUAAGGCCAUAUAUCAUAAAGUCUGCAAAGGCCUUGAAUGCAGGACCAAUACUAGACUCUAUUCUUGGCAUUGAGGAAGAGCCUGGAAACAGAAGAUGUGUGAUAAUUGGAACCCUAUUCAUAGCCAGCGAUCUAAAGCCCACGAUAUUUGACAAAAUCAACAGGAAGUCCAAGAAGAUCAAGGAGAUGGAGGCAAAAACAUACUACUCCCAAGAGAUAAAGUAUUUCUUGGAAGAUGGAAGCGGGAGAGUAGAAGUUGAGUUUCUGGAUAUCUCUUGGAUAUACCAAAGAAACUUUGUGAUAAGUACUGGGAUGUGUAUUGGAGUAGCAGGGGCGAUGACAGAAAGGACAAAGUUUCUUGCCGAGGAUAUCCUAUUUCCGUUCUCUCAUCCUCAAAGCUUUCCGUAUAUCUCAAGAAAUCUGAACUCUAGGCAAAGAGUCUGUUUUAUAAGUGGGCCUUCUAUAAGCAAUGAGAACAAGAACAGAGAAAGAAUGAUGGUAAUAAUUGACUAUCUUCGGAUGACUGGAGUGAAAGAAUACAUCAUGAUCGGAAACUUCUUUGCUGAGUCCAAAGAGGUUAGCAAGCAGAUGCUUUCUUUGCUAGAUAGUGUUUUGAAAUAUGCUGGAGGGAGGAUUAAUCUUAUCCCAAACAUAAGAGAUUUUGGAUCCAGGGUCCUACCUUUGUCUCCUGUCCAUCCAAAGCUGUUUACACUCCCUGUGGGGGCAAACACAAAUCCUUGCCAUUUGGAAGUAGAUGGUAGGAAGGUAUUGAUCACAACAAGGUUUGUGGUUGAGGAUCUUCUGAAAUACCUUCCUCAAGACUUAGAAAAUGUCCAAGGAAAUAAUUUUGAAUACAAGAUGCACCUAGACAUGGAGAAGAUAAACGAAGCCGCACCAAGAAGUAUGAGUAAUGAGGGAAACAUCAUAAGGGCGUUGGAAGUAUUAAUGAAAGCUGGUCAUGUCUGCCCAACUGCUCCAGAUACUAUCCAAUCUGUACCAUUCUCAGGAAAAGAUCCAUUUGUUGUUACAGGACAAGUGGAUUACCUCUGUGUAGGCGAUACAGAUGAAUUUCUUGAGGGGCAAUCUGAGAAUGGUACAACACUGUUCUUCACAAUUCCUCGAUUUUCUGAGAGGCAUGAGGUGGUUGUUCUAGACAUGGAAACCAGGAUUCUGGAGGUUGUGAGGUUUGACGACAAGGAUUUUGAUUAA